GGAGGAGGAACUCGCCAAACGCAUGAACCUUGAGACCAUGGUGGAGACGCUGCAGGAGGCGGCGCAGGAGGCUGAUGCCAUCCAGGAGGAAAUGAAUGAAAAGAUCGAGCGGCUCAAGGCCGAACUGGUGGUGUUUAAGGGGCUCAUGAGUGACCCCAUGACAGACCUGGACACAAAGAUCCAAGAAAAGGCCAUGAAGGUGGACAUGGACAUCUGCCGCCGAAUCGAUAUCACGGCCAAGCUGUGCGAUGUCGCACAGCAGCGGAACUCGGAAGACGUGUCCAAGAUCUUCCAGGUGGUCCCCAAAAAGAAAGAGCGUAAGGUGACUUCGGAUGAUGACAUCUCCGAGCAGGAGGGAGAGGUGAACCGGUUCUCAGAUGACGAGGUUGGCUCCAUGAACAUCACGGACGAGAUGAAACGCAUGUUUAACCAGCUGCGGGAAACCUUUGAUUUUGAUGACGACUGUGACAGCCUGACUUGGGAAGAGAAUGAAGACACGCUGCUGCUCUGGGAGGAUUUCACCAACUGCAAUCCAACCAUUGACUUGCAGGGCGAGCAAGAGGAAAACUUGGGCAACUUGAUCCACGAGACUGAAUCCUUCUUUAAGACGAGAGACAAGGAGUACCAGGAAACGAUAGGCCAGAUAGAGCUGGAGCUGGCCACGGCCAAGAGUGACAUGAACCGACACCUGCAUGAGUACAUGGAGAUGUGCAGCAUGAAGCGUGGCCUGGAUGUGCAGAUGGAAACCUGCCGCCGGCUCAUCAAAGGCUCCGCAGACAGGAAUUCUCCGUCCCCCAGCUCUGUGGCCAGCAGCGACUCAGGAAGUACAGACGAGAUCCAGGAUGAGUUCGAGCGGGAGGCAGAUGUGGAGCCCAUGGUCAGCUGA